GUCCUGUCUAAGGGGCUGCUUACUGCUAGUAUUUAGGUGUGUAGUAAUAUUGCUUUUGCAGUGUAUAUGCACCAAUUUGAUGGGAAUUUAUCCAGUAAGCCUCACUUCUUAUUUUUUUCUAAAAUUACUCAAACAUUAGUAUACUAUUAGAUUUAAAAUUCACGCAAGGUAAAGAAGUGACUGAGUCAGUGUGCAGGGGGGGGUGCGGGAAAGGGGGGAAGGAAUUGAAGUUAGACAACGGUGUAACUUACAUUCUUGUGUACAUUUUGACAUCUCCAUUUUCACUGGCUUCACGGUUUAGGACUGAGCGCCUUUGCUUUGUGUCUGAUCUAGCAGCUUUGGGUGACAAAGAUGAGCUGCAUUAAUUCCAGGAAGAGCAAAUAGAAGAUGAGCAAAUAAAAUUAUAUGGUGAAAAAUUAAGAAAUACAAAUAAAAGUCUUCCUUGAGAAAGUGAGUUUGCAAAUUUAGGGAGAUAUGAAACUGCAUAGUUACAUUCUGGAUAUUGAUAAUGCAGCAUGCUGGAUUCGAGUGCGUCUCUCAUGGGGAAAAAAAAAAAAAAGCAAGCAGCAUACAGAUCACGCUUAUUCUGUCCAAGUAGGAUAGUUUUGUUCUCAUGCAAUGGGAGCAGGUGGUGGAAGGUUGUUUUGAUGAGGUUAAAAAGCUCCUCCCAUCUUUCCCCAAGCAGCAGCCUAAUCUGCGUCAGCAGUAAUUGUGUGCCUUGCACUGCUUUACAGUGAGGGUGAGUGCAAAAGAUAUAUCAAUAUGAGGCAUCAAACUGAGACCUAGAUGUUCCGUUUAAGUGGCUGCUCAUUUCCUUGAGCCAUAACAUGGGCUAAAGGUUAACUUACACAUUCUCCGAGGAAGAACAGGUUUUUUUCUUUUUUUCUUUUAAGGUGUGUGUGUUUCAUAUUCUUUCCUACCUACAGAGGCUAAAUAUGAUGUAUGGUGUUGUUAAUGCAGAUUUUUUUUCCACUGGAUUAUUUGCUAAUCAGACUACAGUACAGUGGAGAUAAGAGAGAGAUCUGUUGCCUAGAUAGGAGGCUUUAAUGAGCAACUGAACCCCCGGGAGCUGAAAUCUGAAGUAGAAUGAUGCUGUUUUCUGGUCUCUUGUCAUUUCUUCACUUGCUUCUUCUCAACCGUUUUCCAAUGGGCCUAGUGAGCAGGAACUAUCCAAGGUACUAGAAUGCUGGCUGCUUGGCUGCUGAAUACAAGCGGAUUGCAGAAAGAGAGGAGAACCAGAUUACUGCUUAUAUCAGAAGGUAGGCUUGCUCUUUGUUUGAGAAUCCCUGAUUAAUCAACAGCAGCAUCAACAGACUAAGGCAGCUGGAGAGAGCAAGCCUGCCUGUAAGUCACGGGGGAGAGAGACGAUGCCACAAGCUAGACUGCUUCAAACCUUCUGUAUCUGAGUGGCAAUGAGAGAGAGAGCAUCUUUUCUGCUGCAAGAAGCCAUUUGGAUAGGAUGUUUUCUAUUCCUUUCUUUCAUUUAUUUUUGUCUCCACAGAAUACAUUCAAAUGAGGCACCUUAGCAAUCUCUGUGUUAUUGCAUAUGACGGUGGUGUAAUCUUCUACGUUGUAAAGUGGGUAAACAUCAUCCAGUUUCUUCUCAGCUGGACCGAAAGCAGGGUGCUGUUUGUACCCUCCCAUUAUCUAUGCCCUCUGUUCUCUGAAUGUGGAUUUAAAGAAGCAAGCACCUGUCUUCUCUUGCCACUGCAUUUUUAAAAGCCAAACUUUAAAGGCCAUUUUAAUCCUAUACCAAGAAGAUCUUUAACAUACCCACUGACUUCUAGUGAUGCAGAAUUCUACAAUCUGGGCAUCUUUGCCAACAAGAUUUAAUGCACUUUAACUGAAGAAAAACUGAGCCUAAUAGCAAGUCUGUUUCUUAUGGUGCUGAAAUAUUCCUUCAGACUGCACUGAGAUAACCACAGGAAAGGGCUUUUACAGACAAAAGUCACCUUUGAUUAUUGCACUUAGCAGUCCCCGUGGACUUAAAUUUUGGAAGUGUUGCUUUCCUUCGUCCAUUAUCUCCUGCAAGAUGAUGAGUUCUAAUCAGGAGGAGGUCACGUUGGGCACUUUUCUCCAGUAUAUUGAAGAUAUGGGGAUGAAGGCCUAUGAUGGCUUGGUUAUACAGAAUGCAUCAGACAUUGCUCGAGAGAAUGAUCGCAUGAGGAAUGAAACAAACCUGGCUUACUUGAAAGAAAAGAAUGAAAAACGCCGAAAACAAGAAGAAGCAAUAAAACGCAUAGGUGGAGAAGUCGCGAGAGGAAAUGAAGGAAGUUAUGUGGGCAAACAUUUCCGGAUGGGAUUUAUGACAAUGCCUGCUCCUCAGGACAGACUGCCGCAUCCUUGCUCUAGUGGCUUUACCGUGAGAUCCCAGUCUCUUCAUUCGGUUGGGGGUACCGACGAUGAAAGCAGUAGUUGCUCUCGUAAACAACCUCCACCAAAACCUAAACGAGAUCCCAACACCAAACUAAGCACCUCAUCUGAAACGGUCAACUCUGGAACAAGUAAGAGUGGGAAACUACCGGACAAGACUGAAGCAUCGGCCAAACCAAGACCCCACAGUGAUGAAUAUACCAAGAAGAUCCCUCCUCCUAAGCCUAAACGAAAUCCAAACACUCAGUUAAGCACAUCUUUUGAUGAAACGUACAUCAAAAAGCAUGGCCCCAUGAAGACAACACUCACUAGGGAUGCCUCUUUAUUGCAAGUCAGCAGUCCUGCCCCAGACACAGAAGAAGAAGAGCCUGUUUAUAUUGAAAUGGUUGGGAAUAUACUAAGAGACUUUAAAAAAGAUGAGGAUGACCAAAGUGAAGCAGUCUAUGAGGAGAUGAAAUACCCUAUAUUUGAUGAUGUAGGCCAAGAUUCAAAGUGUUCAUGUGAAUAUGACCAUCACAGUUGUUCUUCUCAGUGUGCUACUCCCACAGUGCCUGACCUAGAAUUCACCAAGUCCUCAGUGCCAUCUACUCCCAAGGGCUUGCUUUGUGAUAUCCCCCCACCAUUUCCAAAUCUACUUUCUCAUAGACCUCCACUAUUGGUGUUCCCGCCAGCACCAGUGCAGUGUUCCCCAAAUUCUGAUGAGUCUCCUCUAACUCCACUGGAAGUCACAAAGCUUCCUGUAUUAGAAAAUGUGUCUUACAUCAAACAACAAGUUGGAGCUUCUCCAUCUUCACUGCCACCUCAUACACCGGGCCAUCAAAAACUGGAGAAAGACCAGACAGUAUCUCAUGGAACUACCACUCCUGGGCACUCCUCCUCACCUCCUCAUCCUUCUACCUUAUACAGAACACAGUCUCCACAUGGCUACCCUAAAAGUCACUCUGCCUCACCCUCUCCUGUCAGUAUGGGUAGGUCUCUUACCCCCUUAAGCCUCAAAAGACCUCCACCUUAUGACUCUGUACAUUCAGGAAGUCUCUCAAGAAGUUCUCCAUCAGUGCCUCAUUCUACAGCCAGAAACACGUUGCAAGAAGGGGGAAAGAUGGUAAAUGCCUCGGUCAAUACCUACGGGUCAUCAUCACAGAGUGGUUCACGUUCUAGAACACCAACCAGUCCUUUAGAGGAAUUAACCAGCCUCUUUACCUCAGGACGAAGUUUACUGAGGAAGUCGUCCAGUGGCAGAAGAUCUAAAGAGCCUGCAGAGAAACCACUAGACGAGCUGAAGAUCAGGAGCCACAGUACUGAACCACUACCAAAGUUGGAAAACAAAGAGAGAGGAGGUCACCAUGGGACAACUUCCUCCAGGGAGCCAAUAAAAGCUCAGGAAUGGGAUGGAACACCAGGACCACCAGUUGUGUCCAGUAGACUGGGAAGAUCCUCUGUUAGUCCAACAAUGUUGGCAGGAAACAACAGCUCAGAGCCUAAAGCAAGCUGUAGAUUAGGUCGAUCUGCAUCCACAUCAGGUGUGCCUCCUCCAUCAGUCACUCCUCUCAGGCAAGCCAGCGAUCUCCAACCCAGCCAGGUGACAUGUAUGCAGUGGUUGCAUGGGGACCAUACAAUGCUGGAAAUGAUUGAGAAAAAGCGUUGUUUGUGCAAAGAAAUAAAGGCUCGACAGAAAUCAGAGAAAGGACUUUGCAAACAGGACAGCAUGCCCAUUUUGCCGAGUUGGAAGAAGAACACUGGGACCAAGAAAUACAGCCCUCCUCCUUAUUCCAAACAACAAACUGUUUUCUGGGACACAGCGAUAUGACCAGACUGUUGCUGAUGCCAUCACCACAAUGUUGUAAGAUGCACAAGUAGCCUCCUUUCUUAAUAAGGCAAUGCCUGUGACAUAAAACUUAAUCUGCAGGUGACGAACUACCUAGUGAAAAACAUACCAAUGUGGUGCUCACCUGUCAAUCUAAAGGAAAGUAUAAAUUUCCAGCUGAUUAAGGCAUGCAUAUUUAUUAAGGAUUUUUUUGGAUCCAGAAGAUAUUGAAUUGUAAAUAUUUUGCCAAUCUAUUGAAAACACCUGAACUAAUACACUGUUUAAAAUAUAUAAUUCAAAAGUUUAUGAAGAAUUUUACUAUAUAAUAUAAUUACUGUUAUAUUGUUUUAUUAACUAUUUUAUAUGUGGUAUCCGAAUGCUCUUUUUUGUUGUUGUCAUUUUUAAUGAUCUUACCUGCCUAAAUUUGGCCUCUGUACAAAAGCAUGUGGUUGUACUUUUGUUUAACAAGUACAAUGUACAAAUCAACCUGGUGCUAGGGCUGUAGAAGUUCACUAGAGUCAUAUUCAUUAGAGACAUCCGUUGCUUUUGUUCUUCUGGGAAAGGUUUUGGCAGGAAGUAGUAAAAACUGUAAACAAUGCAAAUAAAAAUGCUUAAUUUGGAUGUCCAAAUUGCAUUAAAAAAGAGUUGUUCUGCAUCAGAUUUUUGGUAAAUUUACUAUUAUAAAUUGCCCUUCUUUUUAUGUCAAUCAGUUAUUAAAGUCUCCAGUGAUAGUUCCUAGGCUACAUUUGGCUAACCAAGUAAACGAAAUUUACUGCAGAAAGGUCUAAAACAGAUGCUCUUCCUUCUUUUAUUCAGCUGACUAGAGGAGACCAUGGUUCACUGUGACUAAGAAUUGUACAUCACAUGAUAAUGAGUUAACCCAUUGUUUAGCAGGUUAAAACAGUGGCAAUGCACCCAUGAUUCCUGUCCACAUUUGUCUUUGGUCCAGAAAGUAAAGGUAACAAAAUCUGUUUACAUUAUUUUUAAGUACCCCAAACAUCCCUAGUUGGGUCUGUAUCAAAUUGGAAAGCAUUAUUUAAAAAGGCCUGACCCAAACUCCAUUGACAUCAAUGGAAAGACUCCCAUUGACUUCACUUGGCUUUGGAUCAGACCCACAGAGCACCUUUCUCUCACGUAACCCAUUUCCUGUUCCUGGCUGAUCAGAUAAUUGGGUCAUAGUCCUCUGUGACAUCACACCCAUCCUAAGAGAAUGCUAUGUCAUGACCAAAGAAUUAUGACCUCUUGGUUUUAACAGGAGAAAGAGAUGGCUUAUAUUGCAUAUGAGAGUGAGAGCUGUGCAUUAAAAUAUCUUCCAAAAGAAACGCUUUAGGGUGAACAAUAUCCGUAUUGCCAUGGAGUGAUAAAAUGAUGCUAUCACAUAUAUUUUGUAUAUUUAAAGUUCUAUCGAUGCUUCUGAAAUUUGGCAGCAUGAAAAUUCCUCUUUAAUAGUCCUUUAAAAAUUAUAUUCUCUGAGAAGAAAAAAUGUGUUGUUUGAACUUAUUGUCAUAUUGGCUUUUCUUUGAAACUAUAUUGCAGCAAUGCCCUGGGCAUCACUGCUGAUCAAAAAAACCAAAAAUAACCAAUUUUAGUAGGGUUUUUUUGUAAUCUAUAUUACUAAAGUUUGAGUAACGCUUUAUCAGUAGUAGUUUCUUUCCAGUCUCUGAAAUAAUAAUAAAGUUUUUAAAUAUUUUAUAACUAAUUAACUAAUGUAUAUUUUGAUGUCCAAAUUGAGGAUUUCUGUAUAAGAUAAACAAAAGUGUGUGUUCAUAUGUGUGUAUGUAUAUUAGCAUUAUGCUAUAAUGUGUGUGUAUAUGUAUAGGUGCAUAUAUGCACACAUACACACUCUCAUCUAUAUACAUACUGUAUAUAUGAAAUGUGUGUGUGUUGUUGGAUAUACAGAGGCUGAAAUGGGUACAAAAUUUAGAUGAAAAUUUAAAGAAGCCCCCACAAUCCAAAAGACAGAAAACAUAAAAACCACAAAUUGUGAAGGAAUCUUUAAAUAAAUCUUGUACCCAAAAGGCACCAAUUGUAUAUUCUGCCUACUCAUUUUUUUCAAAA